CUACGGGCCAUUGGGGAGAGAGCAAGAAUUAUGCCUCGUUCUCUAGCAGGGAUUCUCAUAUGAAGAUGCAUCGAUUCAGGGCUGAGGAAGAGCUGGUGUCUUCCCGCGAUUUAUUGCACUGGCUCAAUAUAAAGUCUCUCCUCUCCGCUUUUUCCCCAGGCUAAUGUCAUGUGUCCUCCGCUGCAGUGUCUAAAUAUGGGCUUCCUCUACUCCAUAUAUGGACAUCUACGUCACGGUGAGAGGGUAUAUAAAGGAGUCGUAAUUCUCUGCGCAUGAAAGAGAGCCCUCAGUGCCCAGAACAUUUAACGUAAGAGCAGGAUAGACAUACGCACACACAUACUGCGCUAUCUCCCUAUCCGAAAGCAUUUGACAGAGAAAGUAGAAGUGAAUUCAAAACAACAACAACAACAACAUUAUCCAAAAGGGCAGCACCCUAGUUGGAUUCAACCAGUGAAAAAACCCAACAUAUAUUAAUGAUUAUUAUUAUCAUCUGAUUUAGGGAAUGAGUAAAAGGGACACAUCUGAUCUGAACAAUAUUUUCUGACCGAAAAUUUUUUAAAAGUGGAUUUUAUUCGUCUUGGACAAAAGGAAGAAAAAUAGAAAAAGACUUUUGAAGAACCAGAAGAGUGAAAGAAACAGAAGAGAAGAAAGAUAUCCUCAUCCUCAGCAGCAGUAGCAGUCUGACCCUGCUCUCUGAGGUGGAUUGGUGAUUCCACUCUGCCCAGCCUCGCUGCACUCAUUUUCAGCCUCCAGCACAGCCUCAGGCCCCUACAGGUCCACUUCUCUGGAGGAUGGCUGCAGCCAAGACAGAGAUGCUCCUUCCAGCCCUGCAGAUUUCAGACCCCCUCAGCUUCCCCCACUCUCCCAUGGAUAACUACCCCAAGCUGGAGGAGAUGAUGAUGCUGAGCUCCGCUGGGACCCCCUUCCUCUCUGCAUCUGCGCCCGAGGGAGCAGGCUUCGGAUCGGGGGAGCAAGGAGAGCAAUAUGACCACCUUGCUGGAGAUACGUUACCUGAUAUCUCCAUGAACUGUGAGAAGUCGAUGGGCGAGCAGAGCUACUCUACCCAGCGGCUGCCUCCCAUCUCCUACACUGGCCGCUUCACCCUGGAGCCAGCCACCAACUGCAGCAACAGCCUGUGGGCUGAGCCCCUGUUCAGCCUGGUCAGCGGGCUGGUGGGGAUCAACACCCCUUCCACCUCUGCCCCGCCCUCCUCCGUCUCUCAGACUGGCACCUCUUCCUCGUCCCCUUCCUCUAUCUCCUCAGUCACCAAUUCCUCUCAGAGCUGCAGUCUGAGCUGCUCUGUCCACCACAGUGAGAAUAUCCCCAUCUACUCAGCUGCUCCUACGUACUCCAGCACCAGCUCUGACAUCUUCUCUGACCAGGGCCAGGGCUUCCCUCUCCCCGCGGGGGGGUCGCUCCAGUACCCCCCGCCAACCUACUCCAAUGGCAAGACGUGUGGCUCCAGCUUUCCUGUGCCCAUGAUCCCUGACUACCUAUUCCCCCAGCAGCAGGGGGAGAUAAGCCUGCUACAGGAUCAGAAGCCCUUCCAGAAUGGGUCUGGCCAGCCCUCCCUCACUCCCCUGUCCACCAUCAAAGCCUUUGCCACCCAGACGGGCUCCCAGGACUUGAAAAGUGUCUACCAGUCCCAGCUGAUCAAGCCGAGCCGCAUGCGCAAGUACCCCAACCGUCCCAGCAAGACACCGCCCCACGAGAGGCCUUAUGCCUGCCCUGUGGAAACGUGCGACCGCCGUUUCUCCCGCUCCGAUGAGCUGACGCGCCACAUCCGCAUCCACACGGGCCAGAAGCCCUUCCAGUGCCGGAUCUGCAUGCGCAACUUCAGCCGCAGCGACCACCUGACCACGCACAUUCGCACGCACACUGGCGAGAAGCCCUUCCCCUGCGAGAUCUGUGGGCGCAAGUUUGCCCGCAGCGAUGAGAGGAAGAGGCACACCAAGAUCCACCUGAGGCAAAAGGACAAGAAGGCGGAGAAGGGCGGGGUGGCCGGGGUGGUGGCAGAGGCACCAGUAUCAGCCCCCCCCCCAGUCUCCUCUUACCCCUCUCCAGUCACAUCCUGCUACUCCUCUCCGGUCCACACCUCGUACCCCUCUCCCUCAAUCGCCACCUCGUACCCCUCUCCCUCCAUCGCCACCACCUACCCCUCUGUCUCCAUGUCCAUGUCCAGUACUUUUCAGUCCUCCAUGGUCUCCUCCUUCCCCUCCUCCGUAGCCUCCAUCUACUCCUCUCCGGUCCCCACCCCGCUAUCAGACAUGCAUUCCACACUCUCCCCAAGGACAAUCGAGAUCUGCUAAGCAAGAGAAAAUAUACUUUUUAUUCUUUCCUCCUCCUCCCCACCACACAGUACGGUCUCUUUGAGGGGAGAAAUCAGCAUCAAAAGACAUAUUCCCCUUCUGAAAAGACUUCUCUGCCUGCUCCCUCUGCAAGCUCUGUUCAGUGCUCAAUCCUCAGAUUCACCCGAAGAAGAGAUUAAAACACAGGUCAAGGAACGGGCAAAGACAAUAUAGAACAGGAGAAAGGAGUUUCUCCUCUCAGUUGGUAAAGCAAAUGCAGGGCUUAAAACAAGGCAUAUGAGACUUUCUCGAGCCAUAGUUGAAACAGGUAAAGACCGGUUGGUCGUUCUUAUGAGUGAAAACAUAGAGACAGACAGACAAACUGAACAUCCAGUCGAGCUGUAACUAAGGCACUAAGAGACAGACAGACGGACAGAACAUCCAGCCGAGCUGUAACUAAGGCACUAAGAGACAGACAGACGGACAGAACAUCCAGUCGAGCUGUAACUAAGGCACUAAGAGACAGACAGACGGACAGAACAUCCAGUCGAGCUGUAACUAAGGCACUAAGAGAAAGACAGACGGACAGAACAUCCAGUCGAGCUGUAACUAAGGCACUAAGAGACAGACAGACGGACAGAACAUCCAGUCGAGCUGUAACUAAGGCACUAAGAGACAGACAGACGGACAGAACAUCCAGUCGAGCUGUAACUAAGGCACUAAGAGACAGACAGACGGACAGAACAUCCAGUCGAGCUGUAACUAAGGCACUAAGAGACAGACAGACGGACAGAACAUCCAGUCGAGCUGUAACUAAGGCACUAAGAGACAGACAGACGGACAGAACAUCCAGUCGAGCUGUAACUAAGGCACUAAGAGACAGACAGACGGACAGAACAUCCAGUCGAGCUGUAACUAAGGCACUAAGAGACAGACAGACGGACAGAACAUCCAGUCGAGCUGUAACUAAGGCACUAAGAGACAGACAGACGGACAGAACAUCCAGUCGAGCUGUAACUAAGG